GGGCCAACUUGCCAGCAAAUACAAAAAAAAAAAGAGAAAAAACCCAUUUAAUAAUAACAAUAAUAAUAAAAAGAACAUUAUUGCAAUGAGGUUCGCUUCGCUCAUAUUCAUAUUCUGGCCCCAUUGGUGGCUAGCAUUCACCACUAAAGCGGCAAUAGUUCCGUCGUUGGACAAGCCUUCAAUCGAGUCAAUCGAGUCAAUACAAAACCAGACACAGACCAAGAUCCAGUUCCAGAUCCAAGCCGGUGAUACCAAUUCAACAUUGAAAUUAGUUCAUGUGGUGUUUCGUCAUGGUCCAAGAACUCCAGUAAAUACUUAUCCAAAAGAUCCCCAUAUAAAUAAUACCUACGAGCCUUAUGGUUGGGGUCAUUUGACCAAUUCAGGUAAGGUGGAACUCUAUAAAAUAGGUAAACAGUUGCGUCAACGUUAUAAGGACUUUCUGGAGCCCUACUAUAAGCCGGAUAUGAUUCAUGCUCAAUCCACGGAAUCGCCACGUACUUUAAUGUCCUUACAAAUGUUACUUGCCGGCUUUUUUCCUCCCGAAAACACGCCAAUGGAAUGGAGUUACUUGUUAAAUUGGCAACCUAUACCGAUUUAUAUGGAUCGUGAGGAAAAUGAUUUGAGACUACGACAAAUGGUGCCAUGUCCACGUUACGAUGAAGCCGUAAGAGAGGUCAUGAAUUUUCCCGAAGUUAAAAAACUACACGAAGAUAACUCAAAACUACUGCAAGAACUGACCGAAAUCACAGGUCUAAAUGUUACCUAUGCCCAUGAUGUGACUAAUGUAUUUAUUUCCCUUCAUGCCGAACAGUCUUACGGCUUGAAAUUGCCGCAAUGGACGAAGGAUUAUUAUCCAGACAGAAUGCGUAGCCUGGCAGCGAAAUCGUAUCAAUACGAUGCAUAUACCCUGGAGUUAAGGAAACUAAAGGGAGGCUAUUUCCUGGAUCACAUGUUUAAGGAAAUGCAGGCCAAAGUGGCUGGCACUUUGGAACCCACGAAUAGAAAAAUGUUCAUUAUGUGUGGUCAUGAUUGGACUAUAGCAAAUGUAUUAGCUGCCCUCAAUAUUUGGCUAGAUGAAAUGUUAAGUUUCUCGGCUUUAAUUGCAUUCGAGUUGCAUCAAAGAAACGAUUCAGAUGAAUAUUUCGUAGAGAUUUAUUUCCAAAAUGAUCCCAAUGGAGAGUUGAAGCAAAUGCAAGUACCCGGCUGUGGUAAGCAAUGUCCAUUGGAAAAAAUACAAGAAUUAUCGCAAAAUGUAUUACCUGAUGCCCCCUACGAACAACUCUGCACUGCCAAGGGAACAAUUGAAGGUGCAAGAAUCAGUUAUCAUUAGUAAAUAAAAUCAGAAUCUAUAAUACAA